AUGUCUGUGUUUCCUGGCACGCUGGUAGUUAAUGGCAUUUCCCAGUUUGAAACGUCGCAGGUGUGCAUUGGCGCCUUACGACCCCAUGGUGGUGUGACAUGGUGCUUCGGCUUUGCUUCAGCUUACAUCCGAUGCGUCUUGGUGAAGGGCGGAGACGACUUGCGACAGGAGCUGCUGGCGUCUCAACUCGUACGACAGUUCAAGGCAAUCUUCGACGAGGCGCGUCUUCCUCUGUGGCUCCGGCCCUACGAAAUCCUCGUUACUGGGUCGAACUCAGGUAUGCAAGUCGUCGGCAUUCGCUGCAUGUGCGAGGCAGGUGUUGGCACGUUGUCUCAGGCUCUCUUUAAGGUCAGGCGCGUGUUCCAUGUAGGCUGA